AUGGCAAUUUCUUCAUCUAUUGAUCUUGAGCAAGUGACAGCUGUUGUUGAGUGGCAGUGGGAGGGUGUGACGCGUUUGCUGUCAGCCCCAGACCCGGAAAAUAUCGCGAUACGAUUUACGUUACAACUCGAACCGACAGAACGCGACAGCCAACAUCGCGCUCACUUUGAGAUCGUCAUUCCCAUCAGAUUCAAAGACAAACCUGCUGGCGCAGCGGUCUAUCUUCGUAUCAACCCUGCAUCCAUCACCUCCUUCGGCUUCACUACACCGACCGACGCGCCAGAAGUUGUAAAACAGCUGUUUGACACAACAACAUGCCUCGACUUGCAACUUAAUGACACAAUUACCCUGAUCGUCCCCAGCGGCGUCAAGGAGCCUAUCGCUGCAUCACGAGCUCGUUCAGGCAGAAUCCUCGACUCUCUCUACGAGCUCACGCAAGCCACCUCGCUACGCGUUUACAUACAAGACUCCCAACUAUCCACAGACGACCUCCAAGCCAUCAGUAAUCGGAUAGAACAGCAUCAGCUCGAACCAUUUUCCGGGCCAGACUACGACAUCUCUCGCAUGUUCAGCGGCGAAGGUGGAAGAGUCACAACCCUCGCCCCGCUCAAACCUCCAUCCUAUGAGAAAGCCAUAAAUUUGCAACCACCGAACGAUCCCCCGCGCGGACGCAAACGACCUCGAACAGAUACGCACGAGGGACCUGUCAACCUCACACAGAUCUGGGACAAGCUCAACAAGCUCGAGUCGAUUGUACGUGAGGUCCAAGAGCUGAAAGCCGAGAACGCAAAGCUCCGAGAUCUCAAGCAGCAGCUUUUGGCUGAGCAGGUCCAUCAAGAAGACAUGUCGCAGGUGGUCCUGGAGCUGAGAGCUGAGAAUGCCCAGCUUCGAGACAAGGUGACCCUUCUGGAGAAGAAGCAUGAGGACCUGGAAGCACAUGUCGCGUCAUUGCAGACUGCGCAGGUCAAUCAGGAUGAUGCAGACGAGGCUGCGUCAAUAGAACUACGAGAGGACAUUACCGUCCUAGGUCAUCGUGUAGAUUUUAUCGAGGGUUAUAGAGAUGAUGACUUGAUUACAAAGAUAAAAGAAGAAGUCUUUGAUGAGAUAGCAAAGCGUAUCAUAGGUGGCUAA